AUUCUACGCCAAACAGUGACUUCGGUAAGGCAGAGGGGCAGUGUUUAUAAGAGCUGUUCUAUCAUAUAAUUUUGGGCAGCAAAGUUCAAAGUGAAGAUUUUUGUCAGUUUUUAAGUGUUAUUUCAUAUCAACUCAUAGACUGAUUUUAAGUGGAAUUAUUUAAGUGGACAAUAAAGUGUGUAGCAGUGCCCGCACGGAACAUCCGAAACAAAAUGAAGAUUCUGAUCCUCUUGGUGGCCUUCGUGGCGGCAGCUAAUGCCGUCUCGCUGUACGAGCUGGUCAAGGAAGAAUGGAACGCAUUCAAGUUGCAACAUCGCAAGAAUUACGACAGCGAAACCGAGGAGCGCAUCCGACUGAAGAUCUACGUCCAGAACAAGCACAAAAUUGCCAAGCACAACCAGCGCUUCGAUCUCGGACAGGAGAAGUACCGCCUGCGCGUCAACAAGUACGCCGAUCUGCUGCACGAGGAAUUCGUCCAGACGGUGAACGGGUUCAACCGAACCGAUUCCAAGAAAUCGCUCAAGGGCGUAAGAAUCGAGGAACCGGUAACUUUCAUCGAGCCGGCCAAUGUAGAAGUUCCAACGACAGUCGACUGGAGAAAGAAGGGCGCCGUUACCCCGGUUAAGGAUCAAGGCCACUGCGGCUCGUGUUGGUCGUUCUCUGCUACCGGUGCCCUGGAGGGUCAACAUUUCCGCAAAACCGGCAAGCUGGUGUCUCUCUCGGAGCAGAAUCUCGUCGAUUGCUCCGGCAAGUACGGUAACAACGGUUGCAAUGGUGGCAUGAUGGACUACGCCUUCCAGUACAUCAAGGAUAACGGUGGCAUCGACACGGAGAAGUCCUACCCAUACGAGGCCAUUGACGACACGUGCCAUUUCAACCCGAAGGCUGUUGGAGCGACCGACAAGGGCUAUGUUGAUAUUCCUCAGGGUGACGAGGAAGCGCUGAAGAAGGCUCUGGCUACCGUUGGUCCUGUAUCAAUUGCCAUCGACGCUUCACAUGAAUCCUUCCAGUUCUACUCGGAGGGUGUCUACUACGAACCGCAGUGCGACUCGGAAAACCUGGACCAUGGUGUCCUUGCUGUUGGAUACGGAACAAGCGAAGAAGGUGAAGACUACUGGCUUGUGAAGAACUCGUGGGGAACCACCUGGGGAGAUCAAGGCUACGUUAAGAUGGCUCGCAACCGUGACAAUCACUGCGGUGUUGCCACCUGCGCCAGCUACCCAUUGGUGUAGGCAUCGAUCGUUAAGGUUUUGUGUGAUCUGAAUCGGUAAGAAUGGGCCGCAUCGUUGCAUUUGUAUGUUUUCCACCAUCGAAAGUUACAUUCGAUUUUUAGUUACUGAUCCAAUGCCAUGAAUAUUCGUAUGACUAUUCACUUAUUCUUUUUUUUGUCUAAUUAAGCAGAGCGAACGAGAUCAAAAAUUGCGGUUAGUUCGUAAGAGUUUAGCAAUUAGUGCUGUAGGGAAUCGUUCAAUUUCUUGUGCGAGUUAAUGCAUGUGAAGCUGUAGAUGGAAUGUUUGUGUAUCACAAUCAAGGCGUAGAAAUGUACGAAGUUUUAUAAUACUA